AUACAUUGCAAUGAACCGUCGRCAAUGUACCUCGCAUAYAGCGCGAACAUGUGCAGUGAUGGGCGUUUUCGGSAUUGUUGUAACAACGAUGCUGUCGAACACGAUAGUAUCCGCCUUCUGUCCCAUCAAUAAACUUUUUCCUGGAAAAUACACGAUUUGCAACASCGACAGCAGGAUUUUUACUGAAAAAGAGUUUGUCUUUUUYGCGACGACKGAUGAUUCGAGUGACGAUACCACACUUGCUGUGGACGAACUUUUGGAACAAGUCGACGUGAAGGACGGAAAGAAAGAAAAUUUGGACGAAGACAAGAUCCGAGAAUUAAUGACGGAGCUGUCUUCGAACGCGGAUCAAUAUAUUUGGGACGAAACAUCUUCAUCUUCGCUUUUUGAGCCACUCAUAGGAUAYUACAAUGUAUCAUGUACUAUUACGGCGAAACCGAACGAYAAUCCAGUCGGCGGGAAGUGGACCCGCGGACUUUGGACAGUCAAACGCACGAUGCAACACGUAUUGCCUCCCUUGCCAGYGGACAUAUCCUCGACCAGGAAGGAUAGUGGAAAAGACGGGCUCUACGAAAUGGAUAGUGGCGUAGCGAAAGAAGAUGCUGUCGCCGCUUUGGCUGUGGCUCAGGUAAUUAAUGCWAUUAGGUUAGAAUUGCUUUGGGGUUUCGUGAAUAUUUGGGUUUUGUUGAGAGGCGAUGCUGUGCCCCUUAAGCAGGUCAAAAACAUACCCACAAAAGCAACUGAGGAYGAUUUGAAAAAGAAGAGGACUAUUCCGAAACUWCUCCCAAAUCUCUCAGACCGCACUGUMAAGGCCUACUUCGAUCGUCCAAAGAUCGGUCUAAGCCUGCAAGGCAGAAAGAAGUCAAACCCUCUGUUGAAGCGAGUGCUUACGCUGGGUCCCACAUCGGCGGUUGUUUUGGAUACGCCAUAUGCUGAUACCCAGGUUCGUCUAGGCAAAGGAGGCACUAGCGGCUCGCAAUUUGUCUUUCGUCGUUUGCCGGAUACCGACAAGGAAGCCAUCGAAGAAUGGAAGUGGGUAUUGGAAAAGUCGACGGCAAAUUCCAGCCAGAGAUUAACAAAGAAUAAGCUCCUUUUUCGUGUGGGAAUCUUAGGGGUAGCAUUCAGCAUUUUGUCAAGAGUCCUGCAGCAGCAUUGGAUGAAAAYGGGUGCCGCAGUGUCCGCAAUUCUUUCGGGUAUAUCGAUGAUCGGUAUUCUUAAUAGCACAGGAGGAAUAGAGACCAAAGGCGACACAUACAUGGUAGGAAAACAGUAGAUACUUGUUGAGAGGUAAUCAUACCUGAUCAGACUACACAACAUUUAUUUCUAAUAACAUCGACUUCGGAAACGAUGUCUCAACUAGCCUCUAGUACGAUCACAUCACCAAAGCAAAAGUAGAGCGAAAGGACGGAUCCAUAKUAGAAAAGGACACAAAACGCGAAGGAACUUUGAUGGAACCGUGUAUUCCUGUUGGUACGAUGUACGAAAGAAYAGUUGUACCAAAGCUCACAACCAAAAUUGUUGAUACGACGAUGUACAAUACAGAGGGGCCCAGGGUUGUUAUAGGAAGCUAUCAUCGCACCUCAUCACACAAAUGUUUGGAAGAACAWAGACAAGUUGAAAAAACCGACGAUUUCGUCACCGCCGAAAAUGGCCUUGCUUGAUCUAAAAAAACUUCAGAGGAAUGCUACUCCAAAGCAGACAUCAAUUACACAUCUCUGCCACUCAAAUUCACAAAUCAUAAGACUUGUUUUGAUUACUGYGAGUUUGCGUUCGUUUGACAAGCCUCGGUCAACGCAGAGUAGAUAGUAAUAAUGGACACAAUCCAGU